UUCGGCAUACAGCACACCAUACUGUAAACGAUAGGAUAAAAGCGAGCAUAGCACUACUAAAAAAACAAUUACACGCCUAAAUUGUAUUUCAUCUUAUAUAGUGGAUUGUGGAAAAAAUAACCGACAGACUUUAUCACAACGAGUUUAUAUACCGAAGAGUAUAUGGACAUUUCCGGCUAACUUCGUCACUGCGAAGGUCACAUGACGCCAUUUGUUGAGCAGCUCUUGGUUAGCUAAACACCUGCAAUAGUAGCCAGCUAGUGCCAGCGCGAUUUUUAAUCAUAUAAGCUAGAUGAGUGAUGUAAGUUAGAAUUUAUUCAACAGUUAAAGGUUCCUCUAGGAAGUCAAGACUUUGAAUUAAGCUUUUUGGAGCUUCUUUUCACUGUUCGCCAAGGACCAGCUAGCAAAGCUUCGCGCGUUUGCUAGUUAGCUAGCGCUGCCAAGGUGCUUCCAAACAGCGAGGGACGAAAACAAGCCUCGUCAUGAAUGUUGACGGCGUUAAUCAGUCCGUUACAACUGGAGUUUCUUCUAAUGUCACGACGUCUUCAACUGCAAGUAACUGUAUCACAAAUGAAAACGCCACAACGAACGCCCCUUCGGUCACCAGCAACGCUUCAACCUCGGCCGCCAUGGUGACGUCAACAUCAGAUUCCUCUGUCUCCAAUGGGGUUUAUGUUCCUGGAGCCAUCACUAAUGGAGACAUAAAGCCUAACGUCUCCACAACCCCACUGGCUGACUUUGUCAUGCAGCUAGAGGAGUAUACUCCCACGAUUCCUGAUGCAGUGACGGGCUACUACCUGAAUCGGGCCGGCUUCGAAGCUUCUGAUCCAAGAAUAAUCCGUCUGAUCUCCCUUGCCUCUCAGAAGUUCAUCUCUGACAUUGCCAACGAUGCGCUGCAGUACUGCAAAAUGAAAGGAACUGCAUCGGGAAGCUCAAGGAGCAAAACAAAGGAUAAGAAGUACACUCUGACAAUGGAAGAUCUGGGUCCCGCUCUUUCAGAAUAUGGUGUCAAUGUCAAGAAGCCGUAUUACUUCACAUAGAAGUGCAUUGUCUUGCUUUUGCUUUAGCUUUACCUAACCCCUCUGUUUACCAACAUCCUUUUUGUUGUUCACUCAUUCUACAUCAGUUAUUUGGUGCAACUUUGACUGUUUUUGCAGCCACUUGUUGCUGUUUUUUUCUUUAAUGGGUGGCGCCACCUUUUGAAUUUUGUCGAUUUGUAAAUGUCUAUUUUAUUGUUAAAAUAAAACCCUUCAUGUAA